AUGCCUCCUCCUCCGUGUUGCUACGGCGGCGCAGAGUCCGCUCCAUCUUCUUCAAAUCAGCACCGGCAGAAGCGGGAGCUUCCGGCGAUCCUAGAAUUGGCCCGCCCCUUCCUCCGGGGGGAGCUGGAGGCGGUGGACCCGGCCCUGCCUGGUCUCGUGGCGGUGCUACGUAGCGUCGGCGCCGGUGAGUGCUGGCACAAGCACGGCAGCUUCCUCGACCACCUCGUCGAAGUCUACCGCAUCCUCAAGAUCUGGUUGGCGCCGGACGUCGUAGCCCGCUGCGGCCUCUACCACUCCGCCUACUCCAACUCCUACGUCAACCUCGCGAUCUUCGAUCCGGCCACCUCCCGCGAUCACGUCCGCGAUCUGAUCGGCGGCCCUGCGGAGCGCUUAGUCCACCUCUUCUGCAUCGUCCCCCGACAGUCGCUGAUCCACGACGAUCUCCUCUUCCGGUACGCCGAUGCAGAGCUCAUGGAGCACUUGGAGCUCUCGGAGGCCUCCGUCGUGAACGCGAUGGAGAAGGGGAUCUUCGAUCCCGACGAGCCGUGGAGGAAGAAGGUACGAUCCAUCCUCCCACCCGAGGGGACGACGGUGAAGCACAUCAAGACGGGGGAGGACGUGCCGAUCUCGCGGCGGAUGGUGGCGGCGUUCCUGCUCAUGACGAUGGCGGACUUCAGCGACCAGUUGUUCGGAUUCCAGGACGCGCUCUUCGACAACGCCGACGGCCGACUGGCGUUCUCCGGGAACAACUACACGGCGCUCUGGCCGGGGAACGGGAAGCCAGGGAUGUGGAUGAACUCGAUCUCCAGGAUGGGGGCUCUCUACUCCCUCAUCGUGAGGGAGGAGGAGAUCUACCUCGAGGAGCAGAAGAAGAAGAGGCCAUUAGAGGACCUCUUGCCGGAGAGGGACGAGGAGAUCGAAUUGGUUAUCCCACCGGUCUUCGAGAGCUGUACCAAGGUGCUGGAUGUGGAGGAUCAGUCCGCCGCGAGGGAUCUGUACUGGGCGGCGGUGUGCGGCGUCGCAAGGGACGAAGCGGAGGAGCCACCAUUGCCGCGGGCGGAGAGACUGCUCUUGGCCUGCGUGGAGAAGAACCCUUUCGUGGGGGAGCCGCGCCUGGUGCUCGCACAGGUUUACCUGGGACAGGAGAGGUUCCCGGAGGCGGAGGCGGCAGCGGCGGUAGGGCUGCGGCUGAUGCUGGAGUGGGGCAGCUGCUGGGACAAGCGUAUGUCCUGGGAAGGUUGGAUCGCAUGGGGAAGAGUCCUUCUCAUGAAGGCCCGGGAAAGAUCCUGGCCACGGUCCUCCUGGGGCAUCCUCAACCUCGGCCUCGUCAAGUGA